AUGGGUAUUGACUUAAAGAACCAUCACGUCAAGAACACCAACCGUACUUCUCCCAAGUCCGAGAACGUCUACUUGGCCUUGCUCGUCAAGUUGUACCGUUUCCUCGCUCGUCGUACUGAUGCCAACUUCAACAAGGUUGUCUUGAAGCGUCUCUUUAUGUCUCGUGUCAACCGUCCCCCCGUUACCGUUUCUCGCAUUGUCAAGAACGCCAAGGGUAACAACACUGUUGUUGUUGUCGGUACUGUCACUGACGAUUCUCGUCUUUUGGACCUCCCCAAGCUUUCCGUUGCCGCUCUUCAUUUCACCAAGACUGCCAGAGCUCGUAUCUUGAAGGCUGGUGGUGAAGUUUUGACCUUGGAUCAAUUGGCUCUCCGUGCUCCUACCGGUGCCAACACUGUCCUCGUCCGUGGUGCCAAGAACUCUCGUGAGUCUGUUAAGCAUUUCGGUAUGGGUCCCCAUAAGAACAAGAAGCCCUUCGUUCGUUCCAAGGGUAGAAAGUUCGAAAAGGCUCGUGGUAAGCGUGCUUCUCGUGGUUUCAAGGUUUAAAUUAUGGGAGCUAUUCUCUAUUUUCUCUCUCCAUUUAUUUAUCCUUUUCAAAUAAAAACCAACUGCAAAAAAAAAAAAAAAAAAAAAA